AUCACGUGCCAAACUGGCUUAGAAUGACUCAGACUCAAAAAUCUCGUUCAAGAUUUCAUAGUUUAUUGUCUUUAUCAACUGAACUAAAGUCUUUCUUACAAAAACUUUUAAGAAAAUUAAUCGCUCGUAAAGUUUCGGGUGUAUUAUAUUAUUUGGUUAUCAUGGUCUUAUUACGUGGUGGGUUAGUCGAUGAAUUUUGGCGUUUCUUAACUCAGCAAAUAACUAUGCAACUCGGUUGGAAUGCAAGUACCACUACUGCUCUUACAACUGCUGCUUUAUCUGCCGCUUUAAGUGGUCGUGCGGACG